AUGGCGGACGCCGGAGAGGCCACCGCGACCGCGCGGUCUUCUUCGCCGCUCCACGUCGUGGUGUUCCCGUGGCUCGCCUUCGGCCACAUCAUCCCCUACAUGGAGCUCUCGGAGCAGCUGGCGCGGCGCGGGCACGCCGUCACCUUCGUCUCCGCGCCGAGGAACCUCGCCCGGCUGAGGCCCGUCCCCGACGACCUCCGCGCCCGCAUCCGCCUCCUCCCCCUGCCAAUGCCGACCGUCGCCGGCCUCCCGGACGGCGCCGAGUCCACGGCCGACGUCCCGCCCGAGAAGGGCGACCUCCUCAAGGCCGCGUUCGACGGCUUUGCCGCCCCUUUCGCCGGCUUUCUCGCGGGAGCCUGCGCCGGCGACUGCGGGGAUGGUGAGGGUACGACGGGGUUCGGCAAGAAGCCCGACUGGAUCUUCGUUGACUUCGCGCACCACUGGCUCCCGCCCAUAGCCGAGCAGCACAAGGUACCGUGCGCGCUCUUCUCCAUCUUCCCGGCGGUGUUCAUCGCCUUCGCCGGCACCAAGGCGGCGAACGAGGCGCGCCCGAGGGUGACGGCGGAGGACCUGGCGGCCCAGCCGCCGUGGAUCCCGUUCCCGACCCCGAUCGCCCACCGCCUCUACGAGGCCGAGCAGAUGGUCUACGUUUUCCGCCCCAACGCCUCUGGCGUAUGCGACGCCUUCCGCUUCUGGGAGACGGAGCGGCAAUGCCCGCUCUUCAUCCUGCGCAGCUGCCGCGAGGUCGACGGCGCGCUCUGCCCCCUCAUCGCCGACCUCUAUGGCAAGCCCCUCGCCCUUUCCGGCCUCCUCGCUCCUUACGACGCCGCGCGAGCCGCCCAAGAAGCCGGCGGCGAGGACCACGACGAGGACGAGGAGACCGCGAGCCUCAUGCGCUGGCUGGACGAGCAGCCGGCGAGGUCGGUGCUCUACGUCGCGUUCGGGAGCGAGGCGCCGCUGACCCCGGACAACGUCCGGGAGCUGGCGGCCGGGCUGGAGCUGUCCGGCGCGCGGUUCCUCUGGGCGCUGCGAGAAGCCAGCGCUCCCCUGCUCCCCGGCGACGGGUUCCAGGAGCGCGUGGGUGGGCGCGGCGUCGUGCGCGCCGGGUGGGUGCCGCAGGUGCGCGUGCUGGCGCACAGCGCGGUGGGCGCGUUCCUGACGCACGCCGGGUGGAGCUCGCUCAUGGAGAGCUUCCUGUUCGGGCACCCGCUGGUGAUGCUCCCGCUGUUCGCCGACCAGGGCCUCACGGCGCGCGUCAUGGCGGCGAGGGGGGUCGGGCUGGAGGUGCCCAGGGACGAGCGCGACGGCUCGUUCGGCCGGGCCGACCUCGCCAGCACGGUGCGGCGGGUGAUGGCGCGGGAGGACGAGGAAGGGAAGGCGCUCGCGCGCAACGCCAGGGAGUUCCAGGAGAUGCUCUGCGACCGGGCCAAGCAGGAGGAGUACGUGGACGAGCUCGUGGAGCACCUGCGGCGACUGCCAUAG